AUGGCGGCCCUCUUGGACAAGGUAUUGUUCCGCAUGGUGUUCGGAGAUAGAAAGAAGAAACUCGACAAGUUUCUUCGCACUACCACACCUGACUCCGUUCUUUCAAACCUGCACACCUGCCUCGUUCGGGAAGGAAGCACCUCCAUCACAUCGCAGGCCGUCUUCGACGCGUCUAGCAUCCGGGACUCGCCCCAGGAGCAGCCUUACUGGACGAAAAAGAGUUUCCAAAACCACCUUGUCAGGACCCAUCCGGACACGACCAUCCCCGACACAGCGAUCAAUGUCCUGUGGACUUGCUUCUGCUUCUUCGCCUACCACCCGUUCCCACUCCCCAGUGCGGACGACACGAAGCUGUAUCUACCAGCCUUCGAGCGUGCGUUGAUCCUGCUAUCUGUCCAAGGCGCACGGCUCCUCGGAGUCGCAGAUAGUGAUUUCGGUCAUCGCUGGGGUCGUCACGACGAGCCUUGUAACUGCAGUUUUAGAACCAUUCGGAUCCUCCGAAGCAUCAGUCUGGUCAAUCGUCAGUCGUCAAAUUUCGCUCCACAAGUCGCUGGUUUCGACACAUUCAACACCGACGAUGCGGUCGAUGCUCUACUUUCGAUAGUCCCUUUCCAUCCGAAAGUAAAUGCAUCCCCUAGGGAUCUGAAGCCGCUGGCGGAACGGUUGCUCGAGGGGAGAAGAACAGACCAGUAUCAGAUCAAGGUCAUCGACUUGGCUGCGUUACUCGGCCUGAUCAUGAGACUAAGGGUCUAUGAUAAGCCGACUUGGGGCUCCCGGGACUUUCAUUACGGGUCAUUCGAGGAUACCACUCCGGGGAAGGAGGAGUUGGCUCAUAUUCUGGCCCGAUCGUUCUGUUCUGGCCAGGAGGACAAGUACCUGGCCCCCGACACGGUGCUCCGGGCUUUAGAUAUCCUGCCCAACCUAGAGCAAUGGGUUCAUCAGCUAUGGGCAGCCAUUUUCCAACCGUGCACGUCCACAGAAUCACCUAAACCAAACUUAUUAGAAACCCAAUCAUCACGAUCAUCACCACCACUGCCACCAGACACCACCACUAUGGACGAGAUUCUCCGUGCAGUAUCACUAUUCAUCCCUCCCUUCCACCCUCAUAAAAGAACCGAUCAGGUACGCAAACUCAAGCCAAUCACAUUUGAAAAAUGCUACGAUGACUCGAUACCAUCCCAGUCCUUGACGGACAGCAGUGGCAUCAGCCUCGAUAUGGACCUGGGCCAUAUCCUCCAGCAAUUCUCCGAAGACAAUCACCCGAACCGUCUGUCGCAAUCCCGCCUCGUUCUUUUUCUGGGUCAUCAAGCUCAGGAUUCGUCGAAAGAUGUACCGAUAGUCGUGGGCGCAUUCUUCCCCACGACCCCUGCUGCGAAAAGAGAAGAGGAAAAAGAGCCAACGGAAAGAACAGUAGGAGACAAAUCGACCAUCUCCCCUCUUCCAGUUCCACAAUUUCUCUUCCAGCUCCAGCCAACCUUCAGGCUAUUUCGCUGGAACGGAGAGGGCAGCAGUGUCACAGGCACAGCCACAGCCACGGGAUAUACCGACCCCCACCCUACUUCUAAUUCCAAUUACCUGGGAGAUCCCAUUCGAUCGAAGGUGGGGGUGGAAAUUGACUCCGUCACAGGACAGGCUACUUUUCUGCGAGGAACAAAUCGGGUAUCAGACGGGGAUGGGUAUGAAGAAGUCACGGUAACUGUCCCCAGCAAUUCGAAGAAGCAUGAUGGGACGGAUACCGUUCAUGGGGAUGAUGGAGGUCAGGAUCAGCAAGCGCGAAAAACAACCUUUACGGUGACUCGUAUCGCCCUGUUUAAUGUGGACGGGGGCCCGAAUUACGAUUAUGAAAAUUCUUGGUGAUUGAUCUGGUAAGAUCAUAUCACGAUAUCUAAAGAAAAUAUAAGGAAGGGAAUGGGUAGAUGGUAUUUAUUGCUUUACGCAUUCAUCUUUCAUUUGUUAAUUCCAGUGUUUCUCGAUGGCAAACAUGUCACUCCCCAGCAAGUUACCUAAUUCAUUUACAAACUCAAGCCUAACUGACGAACACCAUACUGGCCUGAUUUGAGUC